CGUCGAAUCGGUCCAUUGCCGUCUCAACCGUACAAGCGAACACAGCUCUACGAGGCACGUCCACAAAGUUGCGAGACUCCUACAAUAAAGUCGCUGACGUCAUCACUCUAGUUCAAAACUAGACCAGAUUGUCUCUCUCUCUCUUACAAGAAACUUCAAAAAAUAUACAAGAAGCCAUGUUGAGCCAACGACUUGUAGCCGUGUUUGUAGCCAUCUUUGUGAUCACGUGGUGUUGCAUCCAGGCUGCUCCCAGUGAAAAGGAGCGAUUACUCAAUGAGCUCGAGUUCGUGGACGAUGACGGCUCUAUAGACGCGGCUCUCAUGAACUAUCUCUUCGCCAAGCAGAUGGUGAACAGACUCAGGAGCCAGAUGGACAUCUCAGAUCUCCAGAAGAAGCGCAGUUACUGGAAGCAGUGUGCUUUCAACGCCGUCUCCUGUUUCGGAAAAUAAAUUCCGCCAAAAUAUCACUCAAUACUUUCAUUUUUGUAAUAAUUGUUAAGUCGAUAAUAUCAUGUCCUUCCAUUACCUGAAAUCGAACAAUUCCAAAAUCCUAAUUAUUAAAAACAAUAUUUUAUGUGAAGUUUAUUUAUAUUAUGUAAUAUCAAUGAAGUCUCCUGUUUGGAAAAUACUUUCCGCCAAAAUAUCAAUCAAUACUUUCAUUUUUUAUAAUGAUUGUUAAGUCGGGAAUAUAUCAUGUCCUUCCAUUACCUGAAAUCGAACAAUUCCAAAAUCUUAAUCAAAAACAAUAUUUUAUGUGAAGUUUAUUUAUAUAUUAUGUAAUGUCAAUGAAGUCUCCUGUUUGUAAAAUACCUUCCGCCAAGAUAUCACUCAAUACUUUCAUUUUUUAUAAUGAUUGUCAAGUCGGAAAUAUAUUAUGUCCUUCCACUUCCUUAAUAUACAAACAAUUCAAAAAUUUUGAUUGAAAUAUAUUGUAAUGUGGAGUUUACUUAUAUUAUUGCAAUGUCAAUAUGGCAGUCACCUGCUUGGAAAAUAAAUUCCGUCAAAAUAUCACUUAAUACUUUCAUUUUGUAAGUCGAUAAUAUCAUGUCCUAGAAACGAACAAUUCCUAAAUCUCAAUUGAAAUUAAUUUAUCGUAUUGUGGAUUCAAUUUGAAUUGUUUGAUAUGAGUGCUAACUCCUGUUUUGGGAAUUAAACUCCAUCAAAAUAUCACUCAAUACUUUCAUUUGUAAUAAAUUCCCUAGUCGAUAAUAUUAUAUCCUUCCUUGUCCCGGAAUCGUUUUCCAAAAUCUUAUUUGAUAAUUUAACUUGAAAUGAUUAUUUAUUUUUAGUAAAUUCAGAGGUUUCUUUCCUUAGAAAUCAAUACCUUCUCCUUAAAAAAGUAAUACUCAAUGCUUUCAUUCUGUAAUACUAAGUCGAAUUAAGUCGAAACUAUCAUGUGUCCAUCCAUGACCAGGCAAUUCCAAACGUAAUCGAAAAUCAUAAUUUAAAUUUGUUGUAAGUUGGAAAUUAAUUUAUGUUUUGUGAUAUCAACGCAGUCUUGUAUGUUCGAAAAUGAAUACUUCCUUAUUGUAAUAUUAUGUCGAAAAUAUUUCAACAUGUCCCGAAAUCGUUACCCAAAAUCUCAAUUAAUAUUGUGAUAUAAGAUCAUUUUAUUUUUUAUGAUAUCAAGCCAUCUUCUAUUUUAAAUAUACAGUAGAUUACUCCAAAAAUAUAUGUCAACACUUUCUUUUUUGUAAUAUUAGGUUGAAAUGUCCUUCCAUGCCAUGAAAACGUGAUCUUAAUUUAAACAGUAAAUCUAGAGCUAAUAUCUUUUUGAAUAUUAAAGGUGUAUAAGGUUUUGGAAAUGAAUUUCAAAUUCCGAUAAAAAUAUGUAUUCAAAUUUAGAUACUACACAGACUCCAGAGUUUAGAAGUUCGUUCUCGAUGUUAGUCAAAUUUUGCAAUCAAAUUAAAAAACCUUUGUCUUUUCCUUCGUAAUUUACAAUAUUGAUUAAUUAGACCUUGAAUAAUUUGUUUGACCAAUUUCAAAAAUUUUCACUAAUUCUCUCGUAUACAGAGUGCCGGUUGCACAAAAGUCGGUUAAAUUUUAAUCAUGAUUAAUUCCACGAGAACCAAUCAGAGAAGCCGUCUUAUCGAAAAGGCCUUCUCAAAUUGGCUCUCUUGAAAUUAAUAACGGUUAAAAUUUAACCGGCUUUUGUGCAACCGGGCCAUAAUAUUCAAAGAACAUAAGGAACCUCUUUACAAACACUGAACUGAAUUACACGAAAAUUAUUACUAAAUUUUCUUCAUCCCAAUCAAUUUGUUUGAAUAGGAGUACAGUAUAACUUUGGAGGUGUUUUUCAUACCGUGUCGAGAAUGAUAGAUCAUUUUCAUGAGUUGGUACAGGAACUAAUAAUAAGUUAGAAUAUUUCUCUUCUUCUUGUGGUUCCUAUCCGUUGGCAACAAGCUAGGCAAGCCUAAUUUUGUCCACAACCAUGCGGAAGAGUUCAGCUGAUAUUUUUCCGGUCCACUUCCUAAGGUUAUGCAGCCAAGAUAUUCUUCUCCUUCCAGGACUUCUUCAUCCAUCGAUUUUUCCUUGUACGAUUGUCUGGAGUAAAAAGUAGGCUACCUGGAGUCGUUCCUCAUGAUGUGGCCCAGAUAUUGCAGUUUUUGGAUCUUGAUAGUGUUCAUAAUUUCCCUUUGUUCAUUCAUUCUUUUUAGUACCUCUUCAUUAGUGACAUGUUCAGUCCAUGAUAUCCUCAGUAUUCUUCGAUUUAGUCGAAUUCCAAAGGCUAUUCUCCAAGUAAACAUUUAGUUGAGGGUUAUUUCCAUGUUGAAAAUGAACAGAUCUAUCAUUUAUCAGAUUUUAUGAUACGAGUAUUACAUUCUAUUCAUUCGCGAUAGCUUACUUAGAAUAAGUUACUCGUAUUGUAACGUAUUAAACGGGAAAUUAUUGUGAUUUACUUGAAUAAACUAAAACUCAUAUUUAUUUGAUAUUAUCAAGCAAAAGAAUACGAAAACAUCAGGUAAAAAUAUUAGGUUGAGUAGGAAAAAUAACUGGAAUAACUUGUCAGAAAAAGUUAUAUGAUUUUGUACUUCCAUAAUAUACUCCACUAUCUUAGUCAUAAGUUCCUUAUUUGGAAUAUUUCUGUGAAUUUCAAAAAAUGACCCCACCCAAUCCCAAAUAGUUUGUUAGUAUAAUAUAAGUCUAUAUUUUUUAAUCCACUCAUCAUAUCAAUGUAUGUAUUUCAAAGUUGUAUUGAGAAAUAAAUAUUUAAAAAUUUAAA